ACUCGCGCUGCUGGAGUCAAGAUGGAGGAGUAUGCCCGGGAACCUUGCCCCUGGCGAAUAGUGGAUGACUGUGGUGGGGCCUUUACUAUGGGUACCAUUGGUGGUGGUAUCUUUCAAGCAAUCAAAGGUUUUCGAAAUUCUCCAGUGGGAGUAAACCACAGACUACGAGGGAGUUUGACAGCUAUUAAAACCAGAGCUCCACAAUUGGGAGGUAGCUUUGCUGUUUGGGGAGGUCUGUUUUCCAUGAUUGACUGUAGUAUGGUUCAAGUCAGAGGAAAAGAAGAUCCCUGGAACUCCAUCACAAGUGGUGCCUUAACAGGAGCCAUACUGGCAGCAAGAAAUGGACCAGUGGCCAUGGUUGGGUCAGCUGCAAUGGGUGGCAUUCUCCUAGCUUUAAUUGAAGGAGCUGGUAUCUUGUUGACAAGAUUUGCUUCUGCGCAGUUUCCCAAUGGUCCUCAGUUUGCUGACGACCCUUCCCAGUUGCCUUCAACCCAGUUACCAUCCUCACCUUUUGGAGACUAUCGACAAUAUCAAUAGGACAUCUUCCCCAGGAUUUCUUUAACAAAAUGAGCUGUAGUUUGAGAAGGAUUUCAGAAAAUCAAAUUACAAUCGGUUUUUAAAAGCGUAGGUUUUUAAAACUAUGGCCAAAUAGGCUAUGAAGAGACAUUUAGCACUUUUUUCUAUUUAAAGGAACAUGGGGUGGGAGUGUUAAUAAUAUAUUUAUUUAUUCACACUUGCAUUGCAUUUGUGAUUAAAAUGUCUCAUAUCAUUAAAAGAAAAUAUGGUAAGUGCUCUCAAGAUGAAGGACCAAAGGGCAAAUAACAGUGCAGUGUGACCACCAAUUCCUUGAGGACUUGUCUGCCUAAUUUUAUGUGUUCUGUUAUUCAAACAAUAAAAAGCUCCUGGAACUUA